AUGUCGGUUGUCUCCUUGUUGGGUGUGAAAGUGCUAAACAAUCCUGCACUUUUCACCGCUCCUUAUGAGUUCGAGAUCACCUUUGAAUGCCUCGAGCAACUGCGCGAAGACCUGGAGUGGAAACUCACCUAUGUCGGCUCUGCAACCUCUGCCGAACACGACCAAGAAUUGGACUCUCUUCUCGUGGGCCCUAUCCCCAUCGGCGUCAACAAAUUCAUCUUCGAGGCCGACCCACCCAAUCUUUCCCGCUUGCCCGCUACAGAGAUUCUAGGCGUCACCGUCAUUCUUCUGACCUGCUCCUAUGAUGGGCGAGAGUUUGUCCGCGUUGGUUACUACGUCAACAAUGAAUAUGACAACGAGGAGAUGAACAAUGACCCGCCUCCGAAACCUAUCAUCGAACGAAUUCGCCGAAAUGUCCUUGCAGAAAAACCGAGAGUGACUAGAUUCGCCAUCAAGUGGGAUUCGGAAGAAUCAGCCCCCGCUGAAUUUCCGCCCGACCAACCAGAAGCCGACACACUCGAUGAUGAUGGAACCGGGUACGGCGCGGAGGAAACGGAGAUGCAGGCUGCCUUGGAGCAAGAGCUUCAAGAGACAGAAGAAACUUUGGCGCAAACGCCUGAGCAUAACAAGACUGAAGGCGACAAGAAGAUGGCCGAAGGGGACGCCGGAGACUCCAAGAACAUCAAGGGAGAAGACGAGGAUGAAGACAGUGACGCCGGCAGUGAGGAUCUCGAGGAGGAGAGCUCUGAGUCGGAAGAUGACGAAGACGAGGAAGAGGGCGCAGAGGGUGAGGACACAGAGAUGGGCGAUGCUGAUGAGAAGGGUGCUGCAGGCACGGAAACCAAUGGUGAGCAGAAGGCGCCGACCAAUUCCCAGCCUGAGGUCAUGGUCCAUUAG